AUGGCAAACAUCACCAAGCUUGAGUUCGUUGCUCUAGAUAUUUCCGGAAGAAAUUAUCUAACUUGGAUCCUUGAUGCUCAAAUCCAUUUGAAUGCCAUGAACCUCGAAAAUACCAUUAAGGAUGGUAAUGAGGAAAGUGAACAAGAUAAGACGAAAUCAAUGAUUUUUAUUCGCCAUCAUCUCCAUGAGGGCUUAAAAUCCGAGUAUCUUGGGGUAAAGGACCCUGCUACUCUAUGGAAUAAUUUAAAGGAAAGAUAUGAUCACCAGAAGAGUGUAAUACUUCUUGAAGCUCGAUAUGAAUGGAUGCACUUAAGUUUGCAAGAUUUUAAAUCGGUAAAUGAGUAUAAUUCCGCCAUGUUUAAAAUUAUUUCUCGAUUGAGAUUAUGUGGAGACGAUGUCACAAAACAGGACAUGUUAGAAAAGACAUUUACCACUUUUCAUGCCUCUAAUAUGCUCCUGCAGCAGCAAUAUCGUGAAAGAGUGAAUGCAAACAACUAUAAUCAUGGUCGAGGUCGUGGCCGCGGGUGUGGGUAUCGCCGUGGUCAUGGUCGACAUCAAGAUGGUCCUAGAGUUGGACCAUACCACCCAAAGUGGAAUAAAAAUGGUGAAAAACAAGACAAGGACAAGGCUGUAAAAUUUGGUCCUCAUAAUAAUCAAAAUGAGAGUUGCCAUAAGUGUGGAGUGAAAGGACACUGGUCACGUGCCUGUCGUUCUCCAAAGCACCUUGUUGAUUUAUAUCAAGCACCCAUCAAUGGAAAAGGAAAAAUGAAGAAAGAAAUCAAUUUUACUGAUUUUAGCAACACCGAGAAUGAUCAUAUUGAUCCAAUGGACCUUACCCAUUUGGAUGUUGCUGAUUUCUUUCACGAGCCAACUGGAGAAAUUGAUGGGAUCAAAUUUCAUGGUGAUGAUAACAAUGAUGGCAACAAAUAG